UGUGCGCCGCUCGGCAAGUUGCGUCGCGCUACGGGAAAUUCAAUUUGUUUUUCAUAUUUUGGUAACACUAGUACGGAUUUUAUUAAGUUUAUUUUGUUUUAAAUUAUUGGUGUUUUUUUGCAAAGAGGAUUUUAUUUUACAAUAUCACAAUGAUCCUCGUGGCAACGCUCAUGUGUGUGGCCGUGGCGCUGGUGUUCUACUACGACCACAAGCGGAAGAACACGAGGGCGAAGAAACUACUCAGCCAGUUUAAUGGCUCCGACGGACUGCCUAUCAUUGGUAACGCGCUGGAACUCGGAUUCAAUUCUGAUGGUGUAUCUAAAAUUUUGUUAGAUAAAUGGCGAAAAUACGGCAUGACAAACUAUCGCUUGACGGUGGGCUCUGAAGAGUGGGUCAUGCUCUGCGAAGCGGACGAUGCCGGGUCGAUCCUGGCACAUCCAACAGAGUUGGCAAAGCCCACUGAACGGAACGCAGCUAUGAUGCCUUUCUUCGGAAACUCCGUUUCAACGUCAGAAGGUGAACGAUGGAAAUCGACUCGUAAACUGAUGACUCCCAGUUUCCACUUCAAGACGCUGGAGGCCCGCGUUGACGCUGUCAACUCACGCACUGACGCCCUCAAUCAGGUGCUGGACCAAUACGUGGAUAAAGCCCCUGUGGACAUAUACAGAUACCUGAGACCUUUCAUGUUUGAUAUCCUGUGCAACACGCUGAUGGGAGUUGAUCAUAAUAUGCUCGCUAACCCUGAUCAUCCUUAUUUGGAUGCUAGCGCUAGGGUUAUCAAAAUCGCUACCGAAAAUUACUUUUCGUACUGGAGGAAUAUUAGCUUCAUCUUCAAACUGACGCCAAUUUAUCGUGAAAUGAUGGAGACUAUCAAAACCAUUAGAGGGUACAGUGACAAGCUUAUCCGUGAAAGAAGAGUAAAGCUGAACGAGUUCAUCGAAGAAAUAAAGAGCAAUAACAGAGACGCCACCAUUGACGUAAACACCCUGGUUCAUGAGAAAGUAUCGGAGAAGGCCUGCCUUCUCGACUCUCUCCUUCUGAGUACCCUGCCGAAUGGUGAUCCUGCUCCGGAUGAAACCAUCAAUGAAGAAAUCACUCUGCUAUGUUUCACUGGACACUACACCACAACAAUGACAAUGGCACACACCCUGUACUGUCUAGCGAAAUAUCCUGAGGUUCAGAAGCGAGUACUCGAGGAGCAGAACUCCAUCUUUAACGGAGACAAGCUGAGAAUGCCGACCAACCACGAUCUCCUUGAAAUGAAGUACCUAGAGGCUGUUAUCAAGGAGAGCAUCCGGGUCAUCCCCACUGUUACUAAAAUAGGAAGGCAGCUGCAAAAUGAUUUGCCAUUGAAAGAUGGCAGAAUCAUCCCUCCCGGAACUCAAGUGGUGGUGUACUACGAAGCCCUGUACAUGGACCCGAAGAUGUUUCCAGAGCCCGAGAAGUACAACCCUGAGAGAUUCUUCAACAGCCUGCACCCAUACGCCUUUGUGCCGUUCAGCGCGGGUCCUAGGAACUGCAUAGGUUUCCGCUACGCCUGGGUGGCGAUGAAGGCGACACUAUCCAACUUCCUUCGCCGGUACGAAGUGCUCCCCGGCGCCCCCGAAGACGAACCGAAGUUCGCCCAUAGAAUCAUAACCGAAUCCAUCAAUGGCGUCAAACUAAGGUUGAGAAAGAGGGAACUUUAGAUUGUUUAUCCAAUUGUCAUAGAGAAAUAAGUUAAGAUAGCACUUUACUGAAAUCAUGAGUUUUCGAAAAACGCUUAGUCCACGUGAUACUAGAAGUUGUCAAUUUAUUAGUACAGGUGCCGUAGCCGAAUGGUAUUUCUGCGACGCGAAACGAAAUCGAAACGCCGCGAAAGAUAGUCUGGCUCUUCGCGCCAAUACGCAAGAGCGAAUAGAGAUAGAUAUCUACGAGCGUUUUGUUUCGUGAGCGUUUCUUGAGCGUUUGUGCCAUUCGGCUAUAUACCCUGUUACAUGAGAUUAGAUGUAAUGAGUAAUUACGAAUGUCUGUAAACUGUCUUGUUGUUAAACUGACUGUCUGCAAACAGAAAAUUGUUCAAUAAUUUACAACUAAUAUGUCAGAAAGGCUUAAAAUAAGAGUACUGGUAAAUCCAGUUGUAGUAUAAUUUGAAAUUUAUAAAGUCCAUUUUAGUCGCGACAUCUAUUGUCAAAUAGCAGUACUGAUUAAUACGCUACUUGACGCUAGAUGGAAACUAGAGUAUAAUAAGCAAUUUGGUAAGAAAACCGAUGUAUGAGUGAGCAAUCUAUGUUUACUUAUUUUUCUAUGAUUGUGGCCAGAAUUGGCAAGUCUGGUCAGUCGCUAUUAUUGCCACAGUAUUUAAUAGAUUUUACUAGGUAGGCAUUUUUUCAAUUGUGGAGUGAUUGAUAUACUAGUUAUAAGUGACAUAUUUAUGAUGUGCGUGUAUGUAUUUAUUGACACUUUUAUUGCUGAGUGUAAUUAUUCUCAAUUGAAAUCCUAUAAAAUACAUUUCAGAACCGUUUGAAUAAUCAUAGAACAUUGUGUUUGAGUUUUUCGAUUGGUUGGUUUCGGUUAUCUCUAAACUCACUUAGACUGCACUAUAAAUGUAUUUGAUAAGAACCAUUUUAGUAUAUUACUAUUGCAUUGCAUUUGUUUUAAGAACUGAAAACUGAAUUGGAUUUUUAGAAUAGGUAAAGGAGUUCUACGUAAGUAACGAAAUUAGAAGAACACAUGUAAUUUUACUCAGUGAAUCUAAAAUAAAGUGUAAAAUAAACUAAUACAAAUGUGAUCUACAAUUGUAAAAUAGAAUCUAAGUAGAAUAGUAUUUAUGUUAAUAUUUUAUGCCAUUAAGUAGAUAAAUCAUUUUGUAACUUAUUUCAAUUAUCUUGAAUAAAUGAAAUAAACUAAACAAAUUAUAU